CCAAAAACGCUCCGUAGAUCAGCUAACUGCUAACAUCUUUUACUUCAUCUCUAGUCUCUCAAAUUGAUCUACAGGAGGAAAGUUCACGGCAAAUAGUUGGAGGAAGGAUUUCAAGCCCUAAGCAGUUUAGAUCAAAUCAAGGCUUAGAUCGAGAAUGCCUCCAAAAGCCGAAACCACUUUGAGUUCUGCUUCAGUGGAUCAAAUGGAUUCCAUGGAUCCCCUUUUCUACAUCUUGAGAAUCUUCCCUUACAGCUUCCUUCGCGCCCCUCGAAUGCGCCUCAAACUUCCCUCCAUCUCUCUCCCUUCCGCCAUGACCGUCUACGCUCUCAUCCUGCUUACCUACUUCAUGGUCGUCUCUGGCUUUGUCUACGACGUGAUCGUUGAACCCCCUGGCAUAGGGAGCACUCAAGAUCGUGCCACCGGUGCCGUCCGACCGGUCGUAUUUCUCCCGGGACGUGUCAACGGUCAGUACAUCAUCGAAGGGCUUUCUUCAGGCUUCAUGUUCGUCCUUGGAGGUAUCGGUAUCGUUCUCAUGGAUCUCGCACUUGAUCGCAACCGUGCCAAGAGCGUCAAGGUCUCCUUUGCUUCUGCUGGGAUCUCGUCAGUUGUCAUUGCUUAUGUCAUGAGUAUGCUUUUUAUUCGCAUUAAGAUUCCGGGUUAUCUUUACUGAGUUUCAUAGUAAUGUAUUAAGGAUUCUAGGGUUUUCCUGAGGCAGGCUUUUGAAUUACUUUCUCGGAUUGUGUAUCGAAUUAUCGAUGAAAUAGAUUUAAAAGACAGUAAUAUGAGUUUAGCAAUUUAACCUGUGUUCUAGCUUUA